UACUCUUUACUCAAGAAAUCAUGUGUAGCGGUUUUUUUUUAUUGGUUGAUUUUUACCGGAAGUUGUUUCUCGGCAAGACGGAAGUUCUCAACACCUCGUUGGAAUUGGUGUUUCGCUGAAAAUCAAAGGGUUUAAUUGCUUCCCAAACUCGAUUGGAGACUGUAUAUUAACAAUGAUUAUCCCUGUGAGGUGCUUCACUUGUGGGAAGAUCGUGGGCAACAAAUGGGAGGCGUACCUCGGUCUACUUCAAGCUGAGUAUACCGAGGGAGAUGCACUUGAUGCCCUUGGCCUGAAGAGAUACUGUUGUCGAAGGAUGCUUCUUUCUCAUGUGGAUCUCAUUGAGAAAUUGUUAAAUUAUGCUCCACUGGAGAAGUAACGCAAAGGACUUAGAUUUUUUGGGGGGGUUGUGAAAUGGUCAUUUGUAUUAUGUUUGUCCAAAAAAGAAAACUGUGGAGAAGACUGUAUUUAGUUCACGUGUCCAAUUACUUUUUUUUCUAAAUAAAUGUGUUGAUAAACACGAAUA